GGGUAAAAAGGCGGCGUUUCCGCCUCGUUACCCACAAUCCCCCGCGUUAACGUCCGCCUCGGUACCCACAACGCCUCGCGAAGCGGAAGUGACGAAAGGCGGAAGCGGAAAUGGACCCGCCGAGCGCGGAGGAGCUGCGGGAGCGGCUCCAGGAGCGGCUCCAGGCCCAGCACGUGGAGGUGUGCGACAGCCCCCAGCUGUGCCGCGGGAGUUUCCAGAUUUUCGUCGUUUCCGGAAUUUUCCGGGGCCUCAAAACGCUCCAGAGGCACCGGCUCGUUAACGAGGCGCUGGGGGAGGCUGGGCGGAUCCACGCCCUGGAGCAGCGAACGCUGACGCCGGAGCAGUGGGAGCAGGAGCGCGGCUCAUUUGCAUAAAUUUGCAUAUCAGACAGCCUCAUGUCGCCAUCAUUUGCAUGGAUUUGCAUAAAUCAGGCGGGCCGGGCUCUGAUUGGUCGGGGCUCUGCGAGGCCACGCCCCCUUCAUGGCACGGGAUGGGGGUGGGGAAGAGGCUCAUUUGCAUAAAUUUGCAUGGUUGGAA